GCCCCCACCACCUAACGCCGAACCGACGGACGCGCGCGGCGCGGGCCUUUUAAUAUCCCCACGCGCGAGCGGCGACCGACCGGCGGCGAGCGGAGAUCGAGAAUGGUGGUGGCGGGGGAGGGGUCGGCGUCGGGGGCCAAGAUCAAGGGGUCGUGGAGCCCCGAGGAGGACGACCUGCUGCGCGCGGCGGUGGCGAGGCACGGGCCGCGGAACUGGACGGCGAUCAGCGAGGAGGUGCCCGGGAGGUCCGGCAAGUCGUGCAGGCUGCGGUGGUGCAACCAGCUCAACCCCGGGGUGCACCGCCGCCCCUUCACCCCGGAGGAGGACGCGCUCAUCGUCGCCGCGCACGGCCGCUACGGCAACAAGUGGGCCACCAUCGCGCGCCUCCUCGACGGCCGCACCGACAACUCCGUCAAGAACCACUGGAACUCCUCGCUCCGCCGGAACCGCAGGGCGGCGGCUGCGGCGGCGGCGGCCGCGGCCUCGGUGGCGUCCGUGUCGUACCAGUCCAUGGAUCUCACGGAGGAGGACAACGACGAUGACGAGGAGGACACCAGCGACGACUCGGUGGCGGUCCGCGCGCCGUCCGCGCCGGCGGCCGUCGUCGCUGCCGCCCCUGCGCCACGGCCGCCGGCCAAGAGGCUGUGCGUGGCCGCACCUCCCGCCGGCAUGGCGCCCGCCGUGGCCACGAUGGAGCGCGCCAUGGUGCCCGUCGUGGGAGCGCUCGAGCACGCCAUGGUGCCCGUCGCGGCAGCGACUCCGCCGCCCGACCCGCCCACGUCGCUGUCCCUCAGCCCGCCGGGCGCCGCGGCGGCGCCAGCCCCCGCCGCCUCCACCGGCUCGCCGGAGGCGGCCGCCGUGGCGAGCGAGAAAGCGCGGCUGGAGCAGGACCCGUGGCUGAUGGCGAUGAUGCGGCAGAUGAUCACGGAGGAGGUGCACCGGCAGGUGGGCAUGGUGUACUCGCUGGUGGCAUCCUCGGCGGCGGUGGCGGCCCACGCAGGCUGCAACGCCGGCGGCGGCGUCGGCCGGAAAGGCCCCGACGGCGGCCCAUCCAACCGUCAGGAUUGAUCACCCCCACCGAUAGAUGCAUCUAGCCCAAUCUUGAUCAUGUAGUCGCAAUAAUCUCGAUUUUGUAGUUGCAUAUUGCAAAGCCUCUCCAUUUCCAGCACAAAAAACUUUGCUACUGUUGGUUAAUCAAAAUACCGUUCUGUUAAUCAAUCUGUAGUUCAUAUCAACUAAAUUAGCCAGCAUAAUCUCAUCUAAUUACAGUACUUAU